ACUCCCUCAGUCUGACUUAGAGCAGCAUCAGCAGCAGCAGCAAUUAGCAACAGCAUCUCUCCUGGGCUCCCACCGCACCUCUCUCACGCAGAGUCCUCCCGCACACUCGUCUGUCACUCCUUCACUCGCACAGCAUCCUCUCUCCCUCUCUCUGUCUCUGUUUCUCUCUCUCUCUCUCUCUCCGGUCUCUCCGACUCUCUUCCAUCACCAACCACUCCAUCUCUCAGCAUGCAGCUCCUGGCCAGUGUGGUGUCCCUCAUGCUGGUUCUGUACAGCGUGAGAGCAGCAGCAGUGCUUCCUGGAGAGGAGAGGAGCCUGUCACAUGCGAACAGGGAGCUGAGCAAAGAGCGCAAAGAGAUAAUCCUGAAGCUGAUCUCGGGCUUGCUGGACGGCGGGGACAGCAGCAUGCUUCUGGGGGAUGCUGCGGUGGCGGCGCCGGCCGACCUGGAGGAGCCCCUCGAGUCCCGGCUGGAGGAGAGGGCCGUCUACAACCGGUUAUCACAGCUGCCUCAGCGAGACCGCAAAGCCCCUUGCAAAAACUUCUUCUGGAAAACCUUCACUUCCUGUUAACGAAGCCAGGCUACCGACCCCCCCCCCCCCCUCCACCCCCCCAGGCGCAUUUCCCUUCUUCCCGUCCCACUUGACACGAACUGUGGCCGUCCUCACCUGUACAUACCAUCCGUGCUGUGCAGAGAGGGACCUCAAUGGACUUCACUGACGCAGUCUGUUUUCUCUGAAGAGUAAUGAUGAUUAUUAUAUUUAUUUAUCUAUUUUAUUUAUUGACUUAUGAUGACAUCCAAUAAAGCAUUAUUAUGAUACCCGUUGUGCAGCGUGAGAGCUGGUUC